CCUUUCCUUUUUUGGAUAGACUCUGCCGCCGCUCGUGCGGGUCCUUGCAGCGCCGCCUGGGCCGUCACCAUGGUGAAGCUGAGCAAAGAAGCCAAGCAGAGGCUGCAGCAGCUCUUCAAGGGCGGCCAGUUUGCCAUCCGCUGGGGCUUUAUCCCUCUCGUGAUUUACCUGGGAUUUAAGAGGGGUGCAGAUCCUGGAAUGCCUGAACCAACUGUCUUGAGCUUACUUUGGGGCUAAAGCACUGUUUGGUCACCUGGACUUGGAAGCGCUCAGUGGACAGUCAACACGGAAGGUGUGCACUCUGGCCGGGCUAAGAGCUGGGACAUCGAUCAGACGCCCAACAGUUGAAUGGCACAGGGCUCUUCUCGGGUGCAUCUGUGGCAGAGUGGAACCCCUGCUGACUGCCAGACUGUAUCAAAAUAAAUGUCUUUAACAGUG